UUACGGGAAAGGGAGGAACAAACGAGCCAAUGUUAUGGUCGCUAUCCGCCCAAUCUCGCGAGAGUCUGCCUGACGCUGUUGACGAGUGAGGUUGGGGGCGGCGCAGGCCGCAGGAAGGAGGAUGGAGAGAUUGCCGGUGGGCGCUGCUGUGGCCUUGCGUGGUGGUCACCCUGGCACCACCACCUGUGACCCUUGGGAGAUGCGAGAGCGGCUCGGCACCGGCGGCUUCGGCAACGUCUCCCUCUACCAGCAUCGGGAGUUGGGUACUAAGAUAGCAAUCAAGGCUUGUCGCUUGGAACUAAGUGUAAAAAACAAAGACCGAUGGUGCCAUGAGAUCCAGAUAAUGAAAAAGCUGAACCACCCCAAUAUUGUAAAAGCCUGUGAAGUGCCUGAAGAGAUGAAUUUCCUCGUCAAUGAUGUCCCACUUUUGGCUAUGGAAUAUUGCUCCAAAGGGGAUCUCAGGAAGCUGUUGAACAUACCUGAAAAUUGCUGCGGCCUUAAAGAGAGCCAAAUACUUUCCCUGCUUAGUGACAUUGGUUCUGGUAUUCAGUACUUGCAUGAAAACAGAAUAAUACACAGAGACCUAAAACCUGAAAAUAUUGUUCUUCAGGAAGAAGGUGGAAAAAUAAUUCACAAAAUAAUAGAUUUGGGAUAUGCCAAGGAUCUGGAUCAAGGAAGCUUAUGCACAUCUUUUGUUGGGACCUUACAGUAUUUGGCGCCAGAACUCUUCGACAAUAAACAAUAUACAACUUCUGUAGACUUCUGGAGCUUUGGAACAGUGAUCUUUGAGUGCAUUACAGGAUUUAGACCAUUUUUACAUAAUCAGCAGCCUUUUACCUGGCAUGAUAAAAUCAAGAAGAAAGAUCCAAAAUACAUUUUUGCAUGGGAAGAGAUGACUGGGGAAGUUAGAUUCAGUGCUCAUUUGCCAAAUCCCAACAGCCUGUGCAGUAUAAUUGUAGAAAUAAUCGAGAGUUGGCUGCAGCUGAUGCUAAAUUGGGAUCCACAGCAAAGAGGAGGUGGUGCAGAUCCAGAAACUGGUAAUUUGAGGUGUUUCCAAUUAAUGGAUCAACUAUUGGGUCUGAAGAUAGUUCACAUCUUAAACAUGACUUCUGCAAAGAUCCUGUCCUUUUCAUUGCAUCCUGAGGAAAGUCUUCAUUCUCUUCAGUCUCGUAUUGAGUCUGAGACUGGAAUAAGCACAGGCAACCAAGAGCUUCUGCUUGAAAUGGGAAUUUGUCUAGACCCACGGAAACCAGCCUCUCAGUGUGUUAUUGAUGGCGUAAGAGGCUGGGAUAGCUACAUGGUUUAUUUGUUUGAUAAGAGCAAAACUAUAUAUGAAGGCCCCUUUGCUUCUAGGAGUCUGUCUGAGUGUGUAAAUUAUAUUGUACAGGACAGCAGGAUUCAGUUGCCCAUUUUGCAGCUUCGUAAGAUAUGGGCUGAAGCUUUGCAUUACAUCAUUGGACUAAAAGAAGAUUAUAGCCGGCUAUUCCAGGGGCAAAGAGCUGCAAUGCUGAGUCUUCUUAGAUACAAUGCCAAUUUAACCAAAAUGAAAAACAACAUGGUAUCAGCAUCACAGCAACUGAAAGCAAAACUGAAAUUCUUUCAGCAGAGUAUCCACCUUGAUUUGGAAAAAUACAGUGACCAGAUGACAUAUGGAAUAUCCUCAGAAAAAAUGCUGAAAGCCUGGAAGGAAAUGGAGGAGAAGGCCUUGCAGUGUGAACAGGCUGGAGAUAUUGGCUACCUAGAUGAACAGAUCAUGGCUUUGCACACUGAGAUUGUAGAAUUGCAGAGGAGUCCCCACGCACGACGUCAAGGCGAACUCAUGGAAAAUCUUGAACAAAGAGCCAUAGAACUCUACAAGCAAUUAAAAUCAAAACCUCCAGAUCAUUCCUACAGUGACAGUACAGAGAUGGUGAAGAUAAUUGUCCAUACAGUUCACAGUCAAGAUCGGGUGCUCAAGGAACUCUUCAAACAUCUUAGCAAACUGCUGGGUAGUAAGCAGAAGAUUAUUGAUUUGCUUCCAAAGAUUGAAGUGGCUCUGAAUAACAUCAAAGACGCUGACAAUUCAGUGAUGCAGAUGCAAGGCAAAAGGCAACGGGAAAUCUGGCAUUUGCUGAAAAUUGCUUGUACCCAGAGUUCUGCAAAAUCUCCUGUUAGUUCCAGCGUAGAUGGCACAGUAACAUCCUCAGUGCCUUUAUUGCUCUCACAAACCUCACCAGGAAAUGUGCUUCACCCUCUUUCUUCUGUGGAAGCCUCUAGAAAUGUGUCACCUUUUACACAUUUGAUAAAAGAAAAUCUAAGCUACCUUGGCAGUUUUAGCACUAUUAUACAAGAAGCAAAACAUGACCAGAAUAACAGCAUGAUGAGUCUUGAUUGGAGUUGGCUAAAUUAGUUGAGGAUGCAAAGAGAACUUCAAGAAUGUGCACACUUGUUCUGUGUGCAUCUAUUCCAUCCUGGAUUGGAACAAUUGCCUCAGAAUCGUGGAGUUGACGGUGGCAUUUUCAAACAUACCUGCUAGAUCAUUCUAAAUCCAGAUUUGAGUGGCUCCAACCCACUAAUAUCAGAGUUCUGCAGCUGCUAUAAUGUCAGUCACAUAUUACAUCAUUUGCAACAUGAAAGUCUGAUGGUUAUCUUGAGGAUUCCAUUUUCUCUUUAAUUAAAAGAGAGCCUGACAGACGUUGCCAUGUUAUAUUUAUCCAGUCCUGCUGGAACUUAUUGGAAAGUGACUAGCCCAGCUUCUCACACUAAGAUAUCACACAGCCUGGAUGGAGUCUCUCCUGUCAUAGGGCAUAUAGUGCAAUAUAAUGAAAUAUAUGGAGAAAGGAUCAAUAAUAAUUGCACUAUAAAAAGUUAUUGAAUUCUACUAAGGCAGAAACUAGAGAGAGAACAUGAAAAAAACAGUCUGUAAAUAGUUUAUCACAUGGUUCGUGAAUCGGUCCCCCUCCUUUCUCUUUGGCUUCUCCAAAAAUUAUUGACAAUCUUUCAACAUAAUACAGCAGCGGUGAGUAAACUGUGGCCCUCCAGAUGAUGUUGUACUCCCAACCCCAGCGAGUAUAGCCAAUAGUCAGGGAUGACGGGAAUUGUAGUACAACAUUAUCUGAAAGGCCACAGAUUCACCACCCUAUAAUGAUGGGAUAUUUUGGUUAUAUAUUACCCAUUUUUAAAUGUGUUGAUGUUUGUAUUACCUGACCUCAACCUAAAUAGGGUGGGGUACACAUGUAAUAAAUAAAUAAAUAAAAUAAUCCUAAUCAACAA